AUCUGUAACCCCAACCGCCUUCCAUUUCUCCCGCUUCACCGCACGUCUCUCUUUUUUUGCCAUUGCCUGAUCAUGAGCUCUCUCUCUCUCUCUCUCAAACAUACAAACAACACAGACUGAAUUUGUGCAAAAAAAGAAAUUGGGUUUCCACCUCUGUACAGAUUAGAUUAGAGCAUUAGACAAUGGAGGAGACGGAGAGCACAAGGGGGCUGAUGUCCUCGGCGGGACUGGUCCCCGGACCUUAUGGCGAAGAAACAAUGGUGUGCCAAAAGACCCACAUAAGCAACUCCAGGGUCUCCAUUUGGUUCGGAGGUGACCCUUUUGCCUACUCCACCCCUGUUCUCUUCGCCCAAUUCGUCCUCAUUUUCCUCGUCACCAGAUCCGUUUUCAUCUUCCUCAAACCACUUAGACAGAACCUGAUGAGUGCCCAAAUCAUUGCUGGUAUAAUUAUGGGGCCAUCGUUUCUAGCACAUUACAGAUCAUAUGCACGGAAGCUCCUUCCUCCGGGAGGCAAUAUGAUUCUUUCCACGGCUGCAGAUAUUGGUCUCAUGCUUCACCUAUUUCUACUAGGAGUUCAGAUUGACGUGACCAUGUUAAAAAAAGCAGGAAGAAGUGCUAUGCUGAUAGGCACCGUCGGUUUUGCAUUGGCCAUUGUUCUCGGUGGACUGGCCUUGGCGACUCUAGCUCAUGUCAUCAAAUUGGACGAUAGGUUACUAAGAUCCCUCCCUGUUGUUGUGGCUGUGAACUCCAUAUCUUCGUUUCCCGUUACCACUAGCCUUCUAGCCGAUCUGAACAUUCUCAAUUCGGAGAUGGGCCGAUUAGCCAGCUUUACAUCUAUGGUGGGUGACUUGUGCAGCUAUUUUGUCGCGACAGUGAUGGCUAAAGUUACUAUAGCAAUACGCACAUCGCAAUGGGGGUUGCUCUGGUCCCUUUUCUGGAUCGCGGUCUACCUGUUGGCGAUUGUGUUUCUUCUACGGCCAUUGAUAUUGCUGGUUGCCAAUCGAAUCCCAGAAGGAGCACCCAUCAAGGAGUCUCACAUUGUUUUCAUACUUGUGAUACUGUUUGCAUGUGGGUUCUGUGCUGAAGUUCUCGGUCAGCAUUCCGGGGUUGGUUCCUUUAUUUUGGGCAUGGUUGUACCAGAUGGGCCACCGUUUGGGGAAUCUUUAGUGUAUAAGCUAGAGGCAAUGUCUAAUGGGUUGCUACUUCCUGCGAAGUUUGUGAUUACGGGUUUGAAUGUGAACUUGUCUUCGAUUAAAAGUAGUUCUGCUGCAAUAGUGGAGCUCAUUAUAAUUUUUGGGUACAUUGGAAAGUUCUUGGGCACCUUAGCUACUUCGUAUUACUGUAGUGUGCCGUUGGGGGAUGCUGUAUGUCUUUCUUUGGUCAUGUGCUGCAAAGGCAUCAUUGACAUUUCUGUUUAUAACAUCCUAGUGGGGGAAGGGGUCGUGGACCACCAAGUAUACACGCUUCUGAUACUCACAAUGCUGGUAAUAACAGGGAUGUCCAGAAUUCUAGUAGGGCACCUCUACGAUCCCUCAAGAAGGUACAUGGUCCAAACAACCAGAAGCUCCAUUCAAGAUUCCCGUCGCCACAAUGUUGAUCUCCGAAUGCUGGUGUGCAUACACAACGAAGACCAUGUUCCCACCAUUAUCAACCUCCUCGAAGCCUCAAACCCCACCAAAAACAGUCCCAUUUCCAUCUUCGUCUUGAACCUCAUGGAGCUCAAAGGAAGAGCUGUAGCAGUUCUGGUCCCUAAUUUCCGCAAAGGCAGACUCACCUCCACCGCAAAACAUUCUAAACAUAUAGUAAACGCCUUUAGCUACUACGCUCGGGAAAAUCAAGACAGCAUGUUUUUGCAGCAUUUCACAGCCAUGGCACCAUAUUCUAGCAUGCAUGAUGAUAUUUGCACUCUGGCACUGGACGCAAACGUAAACAUCUUGAUUGUGCCAUUUCACAAACAAUGGACUGUUGAUGGAAAAGUUGGAAAUGAUUUUCACUCUAUCCAAAUAGUGAAUCAAAACGUCAUCAACAGGGCACCUUGUUCUGUCGGAGUGUUGGUUGACCGGAAUCAGAAAACUGGUUUUUUAACCGGGCAGUUUUUUUUCCGAAUUGCAUUGCUUUUCCUUGGAGGGGCAGAUGACAGGGAAGCACUUGCGUAUGCAAGCCGCAUGGCAGAUCACCCAAAAGUCACCCUCACCGUAGCUUGGAUUAGGAUGCGGACCAAUGACGCAUCGAUCAGAAAGGAAACAGUUGGCGAUCCCGAUCCCGACAUUGAAAUGAUGGACGAGUUUAGGGCUAACGCCAUGAGGAAGAAGAGGAUUGUUUUCAAGGAGGAGAAGGUGGAAGAUGCCGUCGGGACUACAGAGGUGAUUCAUUCUAUGGAGGAUGGUUUCGAUUUGUUCAUGGUGGGUAGACACCAUGACCCUUACUCGCCGCUUACACUUGGUCUUACAGACUGGAGUGAGUGCCCUGAGCUUGGAGUCAUUGGAGAUAUGUUAGCUUCUUCGGAUUUUCGGUUUUCUGCUCUGGUGGUUCAACAACAGCCAAGCGGAACUGGGUUUUUGAAUACUAACCUAAUUAGGCCGAUUAGUAGCUGUACGUAAGGGUGCCAGUUCAAGGGUGGGUUCAUCAAGAUUCCCCUGAUACUGAACAGUCCAUUAGAUCAGAUAACAAAUGUAAAGUAAAUCUGGAAUAGGAGGAUUGAGAUUUGAGUAAAAGGACUUCGAGAAUUCAUGAGGUAGAUUGAACUUCCCAUGAUUCAGUGGUGUAGUAGCGGAUUGUAUUCGUAAACGGAUCGGAUCCGUUAAAUUUUGGAUUUGCAAACUUUGAUCAAACGGAUUAUCGGACCAUAUUUUGGCAA